AUGGCCUUCACAUACAAGACGGUCCUCAUGAUAGGCUGCACAGCUGGCCUGGGGCUGGCCAUGGCCGAGCGCAUGAUCGAGAACGGCAGUUUCGUCAUCGGUGUCGGCCGCCGCAAGGACAGACUCGACGCAUAUGUCGCCAAACACGGGCCGGGCAAAGCGGCAGCUUCACAGUUCGACAUUACCGAUCUGGACGGCAUCGAGGCCUGGGUCAAGGGCAUCAUCGAGACUUAUCCGUCGCUCGACUGCGUCGUCCUCAACUCGGGCAUCCAGCGCGCGCUGAACUUCGCGAAGCCCGCAGAGAUCGACCUGGGCCUGGUCCAAAAGGAGCUGUCGACAAACUACACUUCGUACAUCGCACUCAUGAAGUACCUACUGCCGCACCUCCAGGCGCAGGCGCCCAAGCCCACAGCGCUCAUAGCCGUCUCAUCCGGUCUGGCGCUGGUGCCCAUCCCGCGAUGCGCCAACUACUGCGCGACCAAGUCGGCGCUGCACUCGCUGAUAUGGUCGAUGCGGGCGCAGCUCGCGCACGACGACGCGAGCCGGCACAUCAGGGUGGUCGAGAUCAUCCCGCCGGCCGUGCGGACGGAGCUGCACGGGUUGCAGGACGACCUACGGGCCGCGGGGGACACCAACUUCGGGCUCUCGAUCGACGAGUUUCUGCAGGAGACAUGGGCCGGACUGACGCGAGGCGACGAUGAGAUUCCAAUCGGCCCUGUCAAGGAUCGGUUCGCUGCCUUUGAGGAUGAGCGCAGGGAGCGCUUUGACGGCCUCGUGACGACGAUGCUCGGGCAGGGCGCACCGUACUCUUCUGUUGGCAAGUAG